AUGGAGAGGAUGGCCUUCGAGCUGAACCCACACGGCUCCAAAACUGAUGACGGUGACGGAGUGCGGAUACUGGAAAUACGAAGUGCUCGGCAUCAGUUCGUCGUCGGGUUUGCUGACAAGAUUCAGUUCUCGGUGGGCCACGGCCAGUUCAGCCAGGAAUCAGACCGCUCGAAAGUGGCAAGCAUAAUGCGGAGGAUGGUUGAGAAUAAGUUACUCUGCAACCUCCAGGAUGGAAAGGUGCAUGAAUAUCGUAUGACAUUGUGCCUACAGAAGCACUAUUUCAAAGGUUUCGACAUCGAGCCUAUCAGCAACAUUCUGGGCUUUACUGAAUCUGCACAUCCCAACAAGGCUUUGGCACGUUUCAUGCAUGAGAGUCUUGGAAAGAGUGGAGUAUGCGAUGAAACCGGCUUUGCGGAUAUGCUACUGCCUGAUGAUGCUGGCUGGUCGCCUGCCUGCUACGCAGCGGUGGACGGAGAUGCGGCGGUUUUGACCAGCUUGCUUGAGCACAAGGCGGACCCGAAUGAGAGAAUCUUGAAUUCGAGUGAUACCCUCUCUCUGUUCCCACCUGGCACACCACUGCUCACUAUGGCUGCUUUCCUCUCGAACGCGGAGGCAAUGACCGUGCUCAUCAACGCACGGGCAGAUCCCAAUGGUCAGGAUGGCUACCGCAGCGAACCACUCCACUGGGCUGCCGCGGCCGACAACGUCGGAGGCAUCCGUCAGUUGCUUGCUGCUGGAGCCAAGGCGGACCAGGCGAAUAUGCUGGGCGCUUCACCCUUCGACAUGGCUGCACAGUUUGGCUGCGCUGGCGCAACACAGGAGUUGGUGGCUUUCGUGUCACAGCAGGAAGUCGGAGCUGGUUUACACUGGGCUGCUCGCCACGAUCAUGCAGAUGCAGACACUGUGUGGGCAUUAAUCGAAGCAGGCGCAGACGUGGACCAGCAGCUUUCCAUGCCUUUGUUCAGUCCUCUGGGCCUGAUGUUCUCUUACUUUGCAGUAAAGCAUCGCUGGCACCACUCAAUUUUGAGCAACUAUGCGUACCAUCAUGAGGGUGCUACUCCCCUCAUGUGCAGCAUCCUCAACUGCAACUUUCAAGUUGCGGCUGCGCUCGUCGCGGGGGGAGCAAAGUUGGAUUUGAAGAACGCACGUGGGAAGACUGCCUUGGAGCUUGCCGAGCUCAUGUCGGUUCCAGACUACUUGGCCAAGGCACUCCAAGCACAUGGCAGCGAGUACGAGAGCCUGUGUCGACGCACGCGAAGCGAAGCAAGUAUUGCGAUGAGCGCGACCAAGACGAACCAAAGCCUCGACACCUUCAGCAUUUGA